AUGGCCUUAUGGCUUGGAUUUGGAAAUAGUGAACCUCACAGAGAUGAAAAUGAGACAGUUGUCGGGUACAAAGCCUUAACGAGGCUGCAAGCCUUAACGAGGCUGCAGACAAGCAAAAGCACUUUCCUACAAGAGGGUGAUGAACUGAAUGUUACUAGCAAUCCUUUGCCAGGCUGGAGAAACAUAAAAAAAGGAAAACUGAUUUUGGCUGGAGUCUUUAAAAGAGCCAAAGAAAAUCAGCUGUCCACUUUAGUUGGUUCACGAGAAUGGUUUCGUUUCGAUCAGCUUUACAUUUGUCUGAAAAAGACAGUCACUAAAGCAAGCUGUGGUCAGGCUCCUGGCCGUACCGAGUUCCUGGGCAAACGGCCACUGACCCCAACAUCAGCUGUGUGGAUGUAUUACGCUGACAAAUGUACUGUAUACUGUCAGGCAGUAGAACACCAGCUGAAGAUCUGUGGCGUUAAGAGGAAUGUGGAUGUCUCAGUAUUGUAUCUGGCUGGACAAGGACUAAGAAGUAUCCCAAGUCUAUCACAGUUUCACAGGUUAAGGUAUUUGUGGAUUAACAACAAUAAGAUCCAGGAUUUAACUUUCUUGAUCAAAAACUAUUGCUUGACUGAACUCUAUCUCAACAAUAAUGAGCUGACAGAUAUAUCAGGUGCUCUGAAACACUUAUGUGCGUUACAGAUUCUGUUGCUUCACAACAACCAGUUAAAAAAACUUGAUAAAACAGUGAAGGAAUUGAAAGGAAUGAUAAGCUUGCAGACCCUAAACCUGUUCCAUAACCCUCUGGCACAAGACCCAGACUACCGGCUUUAUGUGAUAUACUUCCUUCCUUCAGUACAGCUCCUUGACAGGAAGUCAGUUACACAAGGAGAGAGGGAGUCAGCGCUUCAUCUUUAUAACCGUGAAAGGUCUUGUGUUGUGCAGUCAAUAGCUUUUGGAAAGAGAGUAAAUACACCCCUGGGGACUGCAGUGGGAUCUAGCAGAUGCACUCAACCAGCCAGAAGACUGAUGAUGCCCUCAGGUUAUGAAUUUGGAAAUCACACAAAUAAAAUACCAUUUGAGAACUCCGAAGAUGCCGUUUUACUACGGGCAAUGACAAGAUCUCUAAUGGAAUUUUCCUCUGUUGACUGGAACAAAGUAGCCACCUGUCGAGAAAGACGGCUUGAAAACAAAGUAGAAGAACCCCGUGAGAAGCUGACAGUCCAAUUUAGAUGA